AUGGAGUGUUAUGUAGUAAGUACAGCAGGGAAGACGGCCUUCACAAAGAUCAAGGUGAAAAAUGUUCAUAGAAAUCAGGGUAAUAUGGCUGGUUGGAGUUCUGUAGUGGAUCACCAAAGAUUGACAAAAUCUAAUCGAGUUUCAUUUUCAAAAAAUGCUAUGCACCAUGUAUCUUGGAGAGUAUGUUGCAAACCGAUUAGUGUGGAGGAGGAUUCAUCAUCAACACUAACAGAGAAUUUUCCAAAGGACGAGGAGUCUGUGUCUGAGGAAGCCCCACGACCUUUAAGUAGUGAAGAGCUGAAGGCAUUGCUGGCUGAUUCUGAGAGAUCAAAGCUUAUCAAGAAACUGAGCGAAGCAAAUCAGCAGAAUCGGUUCUUGAAGCGUCAGUUACAAACAAUGGAGAACUCAUUGAUUAGUUUCAAAAGUGAACUUGCCACUGUGGAACUUGAGAUUCAGGCUCUGGUUAAAUUGUCAGAAGAAAUUGCUAAUUACAAUAUCCCAGAUGGUUCAAGAAAGAUUAACGGGAGAUACAUUCAGUCUCACCUUCUCUCGCGAUUACAAGCUGUUCAAGAAAAAAUAAAGGAACAGAUAAAGGACGUGGAUGCUGCACAACCCAAGGAGGUUCCUUUAUUCUGGUCUGGAGUAGCAGAGAGUGUGCAAAUCAUGGGCUCCUUCGAUGGAUGGAGUGAAGGAGAGCACCUAUCUCCAGAGUAUACUGGAUCUUACACAAUGUUCACAACAACGUUAAUGCUUAGACCUGGAAGGUAUGAAAUCAAGUUCCUAGUAGAUGGAGAAUGGCAACUAUCACCUGAUUUUCCGACUGUUGGCGAGGGGUUGACGGAGAACAAUUUAUUGAUAGUGGAAUAG